GCAUUAGCAUCAGGUUACCCAGAGCGGUAGGCUUGGCAGCCUUUGCGCACAUUACACCAAAGUAGAGUAGAGUCGGUCAACUGAACGCCAGUCAGAGAGGUGUGCCGCAUGCUGUAGGUCAGUAAUAAGGCAUGCGCCAUGCACAUUGCAAUGUCAGGGCAGCAGCUUAGCGGGAAAACUUACGUACAUGGAGAGACAGCAUAUCAUAGUUUGCGCCCGCUUUCUUUGUUGGGAAACGCUGCUAAAUUUCUCUGCCUCAUCAUAACUCAGCUGACGCCAAAUUCGUUCUUGUUGACGGUCGUUCGUAACCGACAAGCGCUCCGUGAACAGAACGCUACAGGUCAACAAACAAGUAUCAACAUAAGAUAUUCAUCGACCAGCUACGCAAAACAUCAGAAACCGUCAAACCAGUUGCCUAACGUUUGUAGCAGAUAUCCUUCACUCAUAAUGAACCGACCAGGUGUGUUCCCAGCUUGUUCUGGCGCCAUUGUUGCACUUAGUUCCGCUCAGGUCAACCAUUACAGCGACCACCAAGUCUUGCUCCCCCAGCCGGCUUGUCGUCACAAUUUCGCUCUCCCUACCCAACGUCGCAAUAUCCUCUACCACAACGGAGUUAUCCGACACCAACCCUCCAGCAACAAAAUGCGCACCGAACGCCUGCCAUUGCACCAGGUUCUAACGUCACAAGUUAUGCAACGCAGGCGGGGCAGAGUGGGUCAGGAACUGCAGGUGCAGUGGCGCAGAGCAGAGAUUUUGGCCCUGAUGAUUUCCCAGCGCUGGGAAGUCAGGCAGGUCAGCAGCCACUAAGCGGCCAGAACUCGUCCCAAUCGCAGAAUCCACCACCUGGUGCUGAUCUCAGCGCACCACCCGGUGUACCACCUCCAGGAGUAAGCCCGCAUGUGUCGAAUGGGACCCAUCAUCUACAUCCGCAUCAGCAUAACGCGCACCCACAGCUGCAUAAUCCACAACCGACACAUAACCCACUUGUGCAGGCUCACCAUCACCC